AUGGCACAUCACUAUAAUACAAAUGAUUUGACCUCUUUUGUCAAUGAAAACCUGACAACAUCAGUCCCAGAUCUUGCUUCGUCAGGAGUUGCUGCAACACUUCUAAAUGAUGGAAAAACUGCUCAUUCUACUUUUAAACUUCCGUUAUCUGUAAAUCUUGAGCAACAAUCUAUAUGUUCUAACCGCAAAAAUGGACCUCUUGGUAAAUUACUACAAGACGCCUCAUUGAUUAAGUGGCUUAAAAGAUAUUAG